UUCGCCUUGAUGAACGCAGCAUUUGGAACCAUCCCUAUCCUACUCAGGCACCCGUCUGUCUACGGCCUUUCCCGGAUCACGAACAGCCUGUUCCUCAGUAAUGGCGAGGCCGCCAACAACAAGCACUUCCUCUACGCCAACCAGAUCACCACAGUUAUCAAUGUUUCGGUGGAGGUGGUCAACACUUACUUCCCAGACAUUUACUACAUCCACGUCCCCAUAACAGACUCCCCCUCGUCCCGCCUUUUGGACUUCUUCGACCCCGUAGCCGAUAAGAUCCGCACCGUGGAAUCAAACCAAGGCCGGACGCUAGUGCACUGCGCUGCGGGUGUCAGCCGAUCCUCCGCUCUGUGUAUCGCCUACCUAAUGAAAUACCACUCGAUGUCUCUGGCAAACGCCCACGCCUGGGUCAAGUGCUGCCGGCCCAUCGUCCGGCCCAACAACGGCUUUUGGCAGCAGCUCAUCCAGUACGAGCAGAAACUCUUUGGGAAAACCAGCGUCAAGAUGGUCCAGUCCCCGCUGGGGGUGAUUCCUGACCUCUACGAAAACGAAGUCAGGGUCAUGAUAGCCUUGUGA